UGGUCGCUAUGAAUAAAGUAGGCAGUAUAUGAUCAGACAUUGGCAACAUUGCGAGCCGUUUUAAGUUGGCUAAUUGAUGUGAAAUUGGAGAAGGUUGUGAAAGGCCUCGAAAUGAAUCUACGAAGCACUUUUUUACCGUAUGUAACUGAGUUAGCUAGCGUUAGCAAACAUGAUUUUAGCCUCUACAGUUAGCUAGCUAACACUGCUGUCUCCAACGCAGGAUGAACCAGUGUCAGAUAUUCACUACUGUGAAAAUGUGUGCACGUGUAACAUUAUAGUUAUAUCGAUCUGUAUUAAGUAGCUAAUACUUAGUUUAAUCAUGUGGAAACAUAGCGGUCGAAGCUCCGCUCUGGAUCGGGCUCAGGCGCUGCUCUCCGCCAAGAGGAACAGCAGAGGAGCCGAUGAGUCUGUGCAGGCGACAGCCAAAACACAGGGUGCUGUGGGUGGGCCUGUAAAAAGCCGACCUGCUCCCCUAAACACGCACGCUUUCCUCUCAGAUGUGAGUGACCUGUCCUCGGUCAGCUCAGCUCCUGAACAUGGAGCUGACACCGUGUCCUCUGCUGCUGCUGCAGCUGGGAAGACCCAGGGAAGGGAGGGGGGUACUACCAAGGAUCUCAGACCUCAGAACUCUUUGGGUGGAGGAGGGAGCAGGUUCUUGAAGAAGGCUCCACCACCUGCAACCAACAGCACCCAGUCACCUGUUAGCAGGCGCCAAAUACAGCAGGUGCCUGAACCCAGAAAUGUUUCAUCUUCUCUGCGAGGCUCCCAGACUGCUGCUUUGAAUAGACUGGCUCAAAUUGAGAGCCGUAUCCGCAGCCGACAGCAGGCCGGUCAGGGCCCAAAAUCAGCAGAGAAUCUAACCUCAGACUUGGGAAUCUCACCACCACCAGCUGCCCAGGCUUUGGAAUCCUCCGUGCAACUCUCAGCACAGUCCAACAGUGACCAGAGCCUGAAGGGGAAACGUUUCCUUAAGAGUAACACAGCUGUGAACAAUAGUAAUCCUGCUGUUGCUAGGGGUUCACAAGGCUCAGAUGUUGGUGUCAGGUCCAGAGCCGCCGAUGCUGAAGUCCCAUCGGUGGGUCUGGAGACAAAGUCAGUGAGAGUAGUGCGUGGUGUGAGUCUGGAAAGUGAUGAAGAGGAUAUGAGGAAGCUGCUUGGGGACUCAGAUUCAAUAGACAACAGCUUCUUAAUUCCUGGGAGACCCUCCUCCAAAAGAACAGCAGACAAGAUGUUGAGUAAAAGCAGUCAGAGGGUCCACUCCACACCUCCUCCUGCUGCUGCUCCUCCAUCAUCAUCGAUCAACACAGCACCACCCUGCUCCCCAAGCCGCAGUUCUCCUUUUCGAUUCACCGGUCAGGCUCAGGCCCACUUCAGCCCCUCCGUGCUCUCCCCAUCACCCUCUCCUCCCUCUGCCUCCCCUUCUCCUCCAGGGAGACUGAACUUCCCGCAUUGGACGAGAAGUCCACAGCGUUCCCUCUCCUCCAUGUCAGGCCACAGUGAGGUGCUCUCUCUGGAAGAGCUCUUCCCUGUUGGGCCUGGCUCUGAAGAGCCCCGCAGUGAGAUGAGUGCAGUUUCCUCUGAAGACUUCAAGGUAAAUGUGUUGACAUUAGACGACCUUGUCCCUGCUAAUCUUGGAUUCACUGAGGAAACACAUGAGAGAGAAGCCAAACUCAGCACUCUUGUUCCUGGACCCCUAAACAGACAACAGCUGCCAGGAGUGAAGGAGAAGGACGAGGAACAGCAGCAGGCGGAGGACGUGCUGGACUACCAAAGUGACUUUGAAAGCGAGAGCAGGACAGAUCCAGGUUACAGUGCCAGUCAGGUUUCAGAACACUUGCAACGACACGGAGAUGAAGAGGAGGUGGCGUCGGAGGUCGGAGACGAGGCUUCGCAUUCAGACGUGUCCCGUGGGAGGGCAGAGGAUGAUUACUCAAACACUUUCUCAGACGCAAGUCAGUCCUACACCUCACAGACCUCGGGUCGCAGUCAAACACUGAGCAGAAGCAGGGACUCCAGAUCCUCGGUAUCACAUGGCAGCUGGAACAUUUCUCGCCAGUCAAGGAGGCGUGCUUCAACUGGAAAUGAUUUAAAAGAUGCAGCAGUACAGACUCAGCCUGAUCCACUGGCUUUCACGCAGCCUGCUGGUAUGGCUGCUGUGGGUCCUGCAGUGGGCAUGACCUAUAUGAAUCCCACCCCAGUGGUCACUCAUACUCUCAGUGAAGAAAUGGUGGAAGCUCUCAGCAGCUUCAAUCCAGCUGUAUUUGCACUCAAUGAAUUGUUGAAGCAGCAACUUGCCAUGACAAGGCGGUUCAUCGAAAGCAGCCGACAUCUUCACUCCAGCCUGGUGCAGAGCCUGGAACCACCCGACUACAGAUACACCACAUUGGAAGACACCAAGGAGUACAUUCGCAAACACAGGCCUCCCAAACUGACAUUGGAGGACGCCUUAGAGGAGGUGCUGCAGGAGAUGAGAGACUACUAACAGAUCUGACCACUGGUACUGGAUGUCCUGGAUUCCUGAACCUCCGUGUGUGGAGCAAGAGACAUUUGUGAUGUCCUUCUUAUUUAAAUACAUUUUAUACAUUAAGUUUUUUUUUUAUAAUUGGAAGGAUUAUGGCAUUUGUUGUCAGUCAUAAAACAUGCCAGUGUUGGGCAUCUGUUCAUGGAUUAUUUUGUAAAUUGUUAAACAUCAAUGCUGUCAUUUAUUCAAGAAAUAAUAAUGUAACAGUGUUCCAACAUCACCACUGUCCUCAUGUUUUAAUGCAUUAGUUACAAUAAAAUCCCAAAACAAGAAAUUUAA